AUGCCUCCCAACACGAAGCCUAUUCCCAAGAGCGUCCUCAUUUUCGGCGCAGCCGCCCACAUCGGCCGCCCGCUCGCCGAGUUCCUCCAGCGCGAAGCCCCCUCCAUCAAGCUGCGCCUAGCAACCAGCAGUCCCGCAAAGGUCUCAACCCUGCAAGCCGCCUUCCCAGCCGCCGAAGUCGUCGAAGCCAACUUCUCCGACGAACCGUCCCUUCUCCGCGCCACCGCCGGCAUGGAAGGCGUCUUCAUCAUCACGCCCGGCGGCACCGACGAGGGCGCGGCCGCCACCAACAUCAUCAGCGCCCUCAAAGCGCACAACAGCGCCAUCCACAUCCUCAAGCUCGUCGGCCUGCAGCCCGAAGCCAACCCGCGCCGCAUCCCGGAGAGCCUGCGCAACUCGCUCAGCCUGCCCGUGCAGCACGCGCUGGCCAAGCGCAUGUUCGACGAGAGCGGGCUGCCGGUGACGUACCUCAACAUCGGCGCGACGUUCAUGGACAACUUCUUCUGGAUGAAGCGCGGCCUGAAGGAGGAGCGCAAGCUCAUCUGGCCCGAGCGCCUGAUCCCGUGGAUCGAUCCGCGCGAUAUCGCCGAGGUGGCGGGGACGCUGCUGCUGAGCCCGAAUCAGCGGCACAUUGGCCAGUUUCAUACGGUGAAUAAUGGGCAUGAUUUGAUGAGGUUUCAGGAUGUGGCCGAGUUGAUGACGGAGGUCUGGGGGGAGAAGAUCGCGUAUGAUUCGAGCAAGGAGGCCUUUUUCGAGGAGUAUGGGCCGCAUAUGGGUGAGAAGGUUAAAUACCUGUAUGAGUUUUUCCGGUACGAGGAGCAGAAUGAGGUGGUGUGGGCUCCGAAUAAGUUCGUUGAGAUAACCCUGGGCAGGAAGCCGAAGACUGUUCGAGAGUGGCUGGAGGAGCACAAAGAAGCUUUGCUGAACUGA